CGGAGCCUGGCUCGACACGGAAGGACGGAGCCCUUGCGACCGCCUUGCCCCGCCCGUGGUCCCCGCGCUCCUGGAGGGGCCCGGCUGGGGUGCUGCAAGGGCCCCGGGAGGUUGAAGGCUAAGCAUGGGGAAGAGCUGCAAGGUGGUCGUGUGUGGCCAGGCAUCUGUGGGCAAAACUUCAAUCCUGGAGCAGCUUCUGUAUGGGAACCAUGUAGUGGGUUCUGAGAUGAUUGAGACGCAAGAGGAUAUCUAUGUGGGCUCCAUUGAGACUGACCGGGGGGUGCGGGAGCAGGUGCGUUUCUAUGACACCCGGGGGCUCCGAGAUGGGGCCGAGCUGCCCCGGCACUGCUUUUCCUGCACUGAUGGCUACGUCCUGGUCUACAGCACGGACAGCCGAGAGUCCUUUCAGCGCGUGGAGCUGCUCAAGAAGGAAAUCGACAAAUCCAAGGACAAGAAGGAGGUCACCAUCGUGGUCCUUGGCAACAAGUGUGACCUGCAGGAGCAGCGACGUGUAGACCCAGAUGUGGCUCAGCAUUGGGCCAAGUCAGAGAAGGUGAAGCUGUGGGAGGUGUCGGUGGCUGACCGCCGCUCCCUGCUGGAACCCUUCGUCUAUCUGGCCAGCAAGAUGACCCAGCCCCAGAGCAAGUCCGCCUUCCCCCUCAGCCGCAAGAACAAGGGCAGCGGCUCCUUGGAUGGCUGAAUGGCUGCCAUCCCUUCUUCACCUUCCCACCCCCAUUCCAGCUGCUGGGGCUCUGGAAGAUGGGUUGAGGGGAAAGGGGGGUUAGGCAAGCUGCCCUUCCCAAGCAGCAGGGGAGCCCCCCACUAGGACAGGCAGCUGAGCUGUCCCAGGAUCAGGCUACUUUUGCUCCCUCCCAACUCUGAGAAGUGCACAUAAUCUAGGUUAGUGCCCCCAACCCCUACCCCCCACCCUCAGUUCUUAUCCUGUCUGCCUUGCUGUGACCUGAGGCAGUUGUGGGUCAGUGUCCCUUCUACCUGUCCUGGACAGGAAGCAGAACUACCAUGCAGAAGUGCCCAGUGUAGGGUCUGGUUCCAAUCACAGGGGUCCCACGCCUCUGGGCUUCCUGCCAAUGACACACACACACACACACACACACACACGGCACUGGCCUAGACUAAAGGGCAUUCAGGUAUUGUGUAUGUGUGUGUACGUGUGCACACGUGUACACGUGUGUGCAUGCUAGUGUUAGGGGUGCCCCUCAUCCAGCGCCCUGACAUUUCUGCUGUCCUUACCUUGGCUGGAAGAAGCCAGCCUCUCGGGAAGUGUAAUUUUCUGUGUUACCUCUUGCCCCAUUGUUUUGCUUCCUCUUUCUGCUCAGGGAGCAGAUGGGCCUCAUUGGGUGAGGUGGAAGUGAAUGACUGGGCUGAGUCACCCACUGGCUUUGUGACUCAGCAAGGCCUUUCCCCUCUCCCGGCUUCAGUUUUCUCAUCUGUGAGGUGACGGGUGUUGCUUAGAUGACCUUCUAGAUCCUCUCUAGCCCUGUGAGUUUAUAAUGCCCAUGGCCUCCGGCUGGCUAUGACUGUACCCUUCGCUUCUCCCUCUUCAAGGUGCUAUGCCUACCCGUCCCGGAGGCUGGGACACUGCUCUCCACCAGCCACCAGGGGGCAGGAGCGCACUAUCUGCUCUUGUUGCCAGAGUGGCUGCUCAGUGCCCAGUGGGGCACAUCACACCCAGGGGGGCCGGUCUCCACCCCUUCCUAUGGUUGUUUUCAGCUAAUAGCUGGACUUGUAUUUAUAAAUUACCUGUUUUAAAUGAGCCUGCUGCCAUGGUGAAGGCUGGACAAGGUGCUCCUCUGGCCCUUCCUUCUUACCUCAGAUGCCUCAACAGAACAAGGCAAACCAGUAGCAGCUUCUCAGGAGCUGACAGAUCUGUCGGGGCUCAGAAGGGUGGUGACACUCGCAACACGCUGCAAAGUGAGCUUAUGACCCACAACUUCCUGUGCCCACUUCGUGCUUCUGCCACCAUGCACACCUGGCACAGGUGAGACACUAUAGCCAGGCAAGCUCCAGUACCUGUGCCUUCUCCCCGAGACGGGCGGUGAGCAGGGACAGGCGGCCAGGGCUGGGCGAGGCAAGUUAGGGCUCGUACAGACUCGCGCUUAAAGUUCGUUUAUUGAUGCAUUGGAUACAAUAAAACCACAACCGUUAUCAAAAA